AGGUUGUCAAGCAAUUCGAAGCUGCCUUAAACGCAAAGCCUGAGGUGAAAAUUAAAGCUCGAGUCCUUUUGCGUUUGCUUUUCCACUAUUCUUAUCUAUUUCUUGUAUGUUUAUAGUAUAUUAUUACUCCCUUUCUCUCCAAUGGUGCAGGUAGAUAGAUGGAUUGCUUUGUGAAGAUAUUCGCCGGGUGUUCGCAUGGUUUCAGGGGAUUGAGUUCAUGAUUCUUCCAAAUUGGCGGCAAAAUCUGUAAGUUCGACCGUAUAACUUUUCAAUUUCAUUCUGGAACUCGCACGAUUCUCCAUCUAGACCAUUUUGCGUCCCCAAUUCCACGCAUUCAAUGCUAUUCCGAAGGAUCUGCUGCUCCAUUUCCAAAUCCUAUCACAACCCAUUUUCCCUCUCCCCAAUACUGACGAACCCUUCUCGCAAUCCAACCUCUUAUUCAGUAUAUUCGCCCAAUUUGAAAACCCUAAGAUUAGCUUCGCGAAGAACCAUUUCCGCAACUCCGAACAGUCUUGUUUCAGAGAGCUCCACGAAUUCGCAUAUGGAUGACUCCAGGAGACCUCCAGUGGUCCCCAUUCCGCACCCUGAUUCUGCGGGCCGGGCCGAAGUUUUCCGGGCCCUCGAAGCCUCUUUGGGGUCAUCAUUCAGCUCCGACCCCAUAAUCCCGGACCCUAACCCUCUGAUUAUCGUGAUUAGCGGUCCUAGUGGUGUAGGAAAAGAUGCUGUGAUUAAAAGGUUGAGGGAAGUUAGGGAGGAUUUGCAUUUUGUGGUCACGGCAACUAGCCGGCCUAAACGGGAGGGAGAAGUUGAUGGCAAAGAUUACUAUUUUAUGAGUAAAGAGGAGUUUUUGUCGAUGAUUGAGAAAAAUGAGCUGUUGGAGUAUGCAAUGGUGUAUGGGGAUUAUAAGGGUGUUCCGAAGCAGCAGAUUAGGGAUUACAUGGAGAAAGGGUAUGAUGUCGUGUUGAGGGUGGAUAUACAGGGUGCAGCUUAUUUGAGGAAGAUCUUGAGAGAUAAUGCUGUUUUUGUGUUUUUGGUGGCCGAGAGUGAGGAGGCGCUGGUGAAGAGAUUGAUAGGUAGGAAGACAGAGACGGUGGAGGCUUUGCUGAUGAGAGUUGCAUCGGCUAAGGAGGAGCUGAAGCAUGUGAAGGAUUUCGAUUAUGUGGUUGUGAAUAAGGAGGGUGAGCUGGAGGGUUCGGUGAAGUUGAUGGAAUCCAUCAUUGAUGCGGAGAAGGCGAAGGUGCAGCAGCGUAGAGCAGUGGUUUAGAUAUGGAAUUUUGGCGAUUAGGUCGGUAUGGUUCCUGCUUUGAACUUACUGGCACAGUUUGCCGAUAUGGUGAUAAUGUCGUAAUAAUUUAUUGGUUAUCUUUGUUGGUUAUUGGUAUACUCCCUCCGUCCACCAUUUAAAGAGCCAUUUUGACUCGGCACGGGUUUUAAGAAAUUGUUUGACUUUGUGAAGAAGAGUAAAGGCAGAAAGUGAGUGGAAUGUGGGACCCAUUUAAAGUAUUAGUUUUAUAUUAGAUUAUGAGUGUAAAAAGUUGGUGGAUCGUGGAACAAACCAAAAUGGCAAAAGGGUUUUUUAAAUGGUGGACGGAGGGAGUAUUAUGCUACUUUGUGAGGUUUUUGCUUGUGAAACUAAUCACAAUUGAUUUAGUAUUAUGCUAAUUUGCAAGGUCUUUGCUUGUGAUUUGUGAAACUAUUGAUUUGUCAUUUCAAAUCAAAUAUCUUGCUGCUGAUAUCAUAGUUGCCAAUAUAGGUUGAUUUAGUUGUUUCACCACUAAAUAACUUGGUGACUGUUUCUUAGGAUAAUGGAGAUUCUGUGUUUUUUUAUCUUUUAAUGAAAGUAAUGUUGGAAUCAUUGUGUUAGUGUUAUGAAGUUAUUGGCGCAAAUUCGUUCAAGGUUCCCCGAUUUUGGUUAGAAAGGCGUACAAUAUUUUGAUUUAUGGACAAAAGACUGAUUUUUGUAAUUUAAGAGGUUAAGAGGGCUAGUGAGAGAGUGAUAGAUGCCAUUAAAGGUAAGGUUGUUUUCACUUCUUUGAUUUCGGGUCUAUUAAACUAUGUGAAUGUAUAUCAUAUGCAUUCUAGAGCUGAUUUUAAUUCUUUAAUGUUGUUUCUUGAAGGCAAUCAAGGUUGUGUCUUUUGAUGGAUCUUCCAGUUCUGAUCAAAUGAAGGCCAAUUUUGUAGUUCUCAUCAUGGAAAUGCACGGUUUCGAAAGGGGACUUAUUCGAGCAUAGAAAAGGGGAUAUAUCACUAUCAAGCUCAUCAUAACAUGGACUGUAAGCUUUCUGAUGCCAUAUUACAAGUUCUUCAAGACUAGAGUAGUUAUUGAUUUCUUCUUCCUUGAGUAUGGUUGAAAAUUGAAAUUGUGCUACAUGAGUAAUUUUGAUUUGUUAGAGUAGCCUCAGACUGCAACAGUUUGUUAUGAAAUUUUAUGUUGUUGAGUUGGCUGAUGCUGACAAAAGGAAAGUGGAUAGAUUCUUGAAA